ACUGCAGAAACCUUUCGGAAACCCUUUCACUGAGUUACAGAGCGCUCCGUGCUCGCAGCUGUGAGCGGUCCGACAGGCUUCUUCAGUACUUCAAUACUUCCAAGUUAACAGAGCUAGUCUGCAAAAAUAAAUACUUUAACUGCAGAGUCGAAGAGAAGAGAAUGGCCGACUUAAAGUAUCUGACUGGGUUUGGGAAUGAGUUUGCCUCAGAAGAUCCCCGCUGUCCCGGUGCUUUGCCAGAAGGACAGAACAACCCGCAGGCCUGUCCCUACGGUCUGUACGCGGAGCAGCUCUCCGGGUCUGCCUUCACCUGCCCGCGGCCGGCCAACAGGAGGAGCUGGCUGUAUCGGAUCCUGCCUUCGGUGUGCCACAAGCCCUUCGCGUCCGUGCAGCAGGGACACCUGACCCACAGCUGGGACGAAGUAGAGCCCGAUCCCAACCAGCUUCGUUGGCAGCCAUUCACUAUCCCCAAAGUGUCUGAGAAGAAGGUGGACUUUGUGAUGGGCUUGCACACCCUGUGUGGGGCAGGGGACACCAGGACCCGGAACGGGAUCGCAGUUCACGUCUACGCCUGCAACAGCUCUAUGACCGACAGGUGUUUCAAUAAUUCUGAUGGGGAUUUUCUAAUCGUUCCUCAGCAAGGUAAAAUAUUGAUCACAACGGAAUUUGGAAAGAUGAUGAUGGAGCCAAAUGAGAUCUGUGUUAUCCAGCAAGGGAUGCGUUUCAGUGUGGAGGUGUUUGGGGCGACAAGGGGCUACGUCCUGGAGGUGUUCGGUGCCCACUUUGAACUGCCAGAUCUCGGACCUAUUGGUGCCAAUGGCUUGGCCAACCCUCGGGACUUCCUGGCGCCCGUGGCCUGGUAUGAGGACCGGAAGGUGCCCGGCGGGUAUACGGUCAUUAAUAAGUACCAGGGAAAACUGUUCGCAGCCCAGCAGGAUUUUUCCCCAUUCAAUGUUGUGGCGUGGCAUGGAAACUACACCCCGUACAAAUACAACCUCGAGAACUUCAUGGUGAUCAACUGCGUCGCUUUCGACCAUGCGGACCCGUCCAUCUUCACCGUGCUGACGGCGAAGUCGACCCGCCCGGGCGUGGCUGUCGCCGACUUCGUCAUCUUCCCCCCCCGCUGGGGCGUGGCGGACCACACUUUCAGGCCCCCCUAUUAUCACAGGAACUGCAUGAGUGAGUUCAUGGGCUUGAUCAAAGGCCACUACGAGGCCAAGGAGGAAGGCUUCCAGCCAGGAGGGGGCAGUCUUCACAGCAUGAUGACCCCACACGGCCCGGAUUACGAGUGCUUUGAGAAAGCAAGCACAGCUGACUUGAAGCCUGAGCGAGUGGCUGAAGGCACUAUGGCGUUUAUGUUUGAGUCGUCCUUCAGCAUGGCAGUCACAAAGUGGGGCCUGGACACCUGUAACCGCCUGGAUAAGAACUACUACAAAUGCUGGGAGCCGCUAAAGAGCCAUUUCAACCCCAACUGGAAACCAAGCAGCACAUAAAGACAGCAGGGGAAGACUGAAGACCCUGCAGGAAUCCCUAAUGCCCCACAAAUAAAAGGUUGAUGGAAGAUCAAAGUUUACUU